UACAGAAAAUGUGUCAACAGCAGCAGCUCUCACGAAAUUCUCACUUUUCUGUGUCGUGAAUAAUGGCGUUUAAUGACUUGCCUAUUGACACUUUAAAAAGGAAAAUACAUGAAGUUAAGCGCUUUCUCUCCAUAUCGCUAAGCAUCUCGAAUGCCCAUACAGUGGACUUUUACACGCGUGAUGUUUGGAGCACGUUCAUGAGUGUGAGUCCACAAGAAGUGUUGCAUUCUAUCAGUUCCACUGAUGACCGCAUGGAGGCGGUAGAAGAGAAGGAAAACACCACAUUUGGUUUCUGUAAUGCCUCAAAUAAGCUGGUGGACAUAUCAGCGCUGCUGAGGGCAGCGAGAGCCCACAGUAUCCCGGGUCUGGGGGUCAGUAUGCAUCUGGAAGAGCUGAUGGAGAAUCUGACACUGAUAUAUGGAGACACUAUAGCGGGAGAGUCAUCAGACAAAGUUCCUGUUCCAGAUGAGUUUAUGAACUGUAAGAAAGCCCAUGAGGUGCGGGCGAUGUCUGAGGUCGUGGCUAGUUUGGCUGAAUACUGCCGGGUCAAACAGGUGAUAGACGUGGGAUCUGGGAAAGGCUACCUGUGCUCCUAUCUAUCCAUGCAGUUCAACCUACAGGUAUUCGGUAUCGACUCUUCUAGCACCAACACACACGGAGCUCAGGAGAGGAACAGGAAACUGAAGAAGUUCUCCAAAGCCUAUCAGAAACAGAACAGAGCCAGUGGGAAUCAAGCUUUGGACAGUGAGGAUGCGAGUAAACAACACAGCAGAAGCUGUGAGAACAGUGAUGGCAACAAAAACUUUAUUACAAAUGGAAAAGGAAGGUUUGCAGCUCAAGAGGAAACCAGUGAUUUAUCCAAACACGUCUCCAGUGAUUUAUCCGCUUCAGAUAAUGCCACAUUAGACCCCAGUGAUUGGGAUGCAGGAAGCAGCUUCCUCAGCACGCUGUCUCUAGACGUCAUAGAGGACGCUUCUCCUCGUGUCCAUCCCAGCCAGCUGAGCCUGGAGGAACGAGAGAGGAGGAAGAGGGACAAUCUGGAGAGGAAAGAGAGGGAAGGAAGGAGGAACGACAGCGACAGCAGCCUGUUUUCACCUCUGACCUCAUACGUCACUGCAGAAACUGAGCUCAAGACGCUGAUCACUGAGCUGGAGGAUGCAGUUCUGGUUGGCCUGCAUACGUGUGGAGAUUUGGCUCCCAGCACUCUGCGGAUGUUCGGGGCCAAACAGGAGCUGCGGGCCGUUUGCAGUGUGGGCUGCUGCUACCACCUGCUUUCUGAAGAGUUUGAUCAGGACAGACAGGGGUGUGUCAGUGGUGCGUGUGGUUUCCCCAUGAGUCAGUAUCUGAAGGAUCAGGCCUGUUUCUGUGGUCGAAACGCCAGGAUGUCAGCAUGUCUCGCUCUGGAGAGGGUGUCUGCCGGAGGAGGGCUGCCUAUGGAGUCACUUUUUUAUCGGGCGGUUCUCCAUGUUAUUUUACAGGAUCACUACGAUUGCUUUAAAAGUGAGAAACGUGUCGGGAACGUGUACUCCAAAGCCUCUUCGUUUGUGGACUAUGUCAGACGGGCACUUAGGAAGCUGGAUCUGGAUGAGACUAAACUAUCUGAUGGCGAUAUUCAGAGCUAUCAUGAUCGCUACACACCCAGGAUGAAUGAGAUGGUUGCUUUUAACAUGUUGAAAGUAACCUUGGCUCCAUGUAUAGAGGGUCUCAUCCUCCUGGACCGACUUUGCUACUUGAAAGAGCAGGAUAAUGUUUCUCAUUCUGCGCUGGUUCAGCUCUUUGACCCCCUCCAGUCCCCGAGAUGUUAUGCAGUUAUUGGUAUAAAGGAAUCUACAGUUUGAACACCAAAGCUGGUAGUGCUGCUGUUUAGUGUAAAAUAUUGAUUUAAUUUUAAUGUAUUAUUUUGAUACAACUUUAUUGCUUUGAUUUUCCAUUAUUAAUUUUUUUUUAAAGUCCAGAUUUUAAAUUAAUUGUUGUCGAUUUUCCAAACCAACAAUUAAAAAUGCUCUUUUACAAUUUUUUGUCAAUCGCUAACACACAAUUCAUGAAACAAUUCACCAUUUUCUCACAACUAUGAACACAAUCUUAAAUCUAUACACAAAUGCACAGACUUCUCCAAUAACACUAAUAAGAUCAAUUCAAAAGCAUCCUUUUGGCAAUCACAAAUCAUUUUGCAAGUCAAUAUCUAGGAAGGAAUUACAGGAAGGAAUUGCAGUAUACACAUAAAUAGAGGGUUGCAGAUACAGUGAAAUUCAAAGAAUAAGCUUUAAGGAAAAUAAAAUAAAAGUACAAAUACAAAAUAAUUGAUGAAUAUGAACUCAGUAUGCAACACAAAACAGUAUAGUGAUGACCCUGUAGGCAAAUGGACUCUCUUUUUAUUUCACCAGAAACAUUUUUUCUUGUCCUCUCCUCUAUCUCUUCCUUUGUGUCCCGCCACUAGGAUACAUUUUUCCAAAGCACACAAUCACCUGUAUUUAUAUUAUCCUGAUAUUAUGAUAUUCAGUUUUGAUAUUUAAUGUUUACACAUGGAUAAAUGUAUGCUAUUUGCAUUGUCAUGACUUGAGUUAAAUAUAUUGUGUACUUGUGUUUUCUGAA